AUGUACGCAGCCUGCGCCUGGGCUCCGGCCACCAGAAAAUUGGGUAUCCAGAAACACCUGAAUGCGGUACAAAGAGGGUUUGCCCAAAAGUUAACCAGGGCUUACCGGACUGUCUCUCUAAACUCAGCACUCUUACUGGCUGGCAUCCUACCUCUGGACCUCAGAAUACAAGAAUCAGCGGCCUUGUAUGAGGCCAGAAAAAAGGUGCCACCACUGAGUCUGAGAGACGUAGAGAUAGAGAAGGUUGUUGCAUAUGCCGAGGCUCCCCACCCGGCCAUGCAUAUGAAACUGGAGUUCACCAACCUGGUAGACCAGCAACAGGUCGAAACCCAUAGCAACCAUGCGGUAAAUAUCUACACUGACGGUAGCAAAAUUGACGGCAAGGUUGGUGCUGCGCUAUCAAUAUGGGAUGGCGCAGGCCAAAUCAAAGCUAUCAAAUUGAAGCUGUCGCCACACUGCACAGUUUACCAGGCGGAACUCUUGGCCAUAUGCAGGGCCACCAGGGUCAUCAAGGACCGAAAGGAGGAGAGUUUCGGCAUAUACAGUGACUCCAGGUCAGCCCUGGAAACUAUCGCUAACAACUACGCACCCCACCCUCUAGCCGUUGAAACUCGAUGCAAUUUGAACCAGUGCAAAUUGCAGAACAAGCAGGUGAGCCUGUUCUGGAUCAAAGCGCACGCGGGUCUAGAGGGAAAUGAGCAGGCAGACGCGUUAGCUAAACAAGCAGCCAAAGACCUGAAGUGCAAACCCCACAAUGAUCAGUGUCCGGUUUCAUUCGUCAAGCGACUAAUCCGUAUGGACUCGCUUGAGGAAUGGAAUCGUAGAUACAAGUCAGGCACAACCGCUUCAGUAACGAAAAUGUUCUUCCCAGACGCAGUGGAAGCGUACAAACUGGUCAGGAAAAUUAAACCAGCCGGAAUCCUAACACAGGACCCGCAACUCGACGCACUAAGGGUCUCCCGCCCCUCGUGCGCCUGUGACUCCAGGGCCCCUUUGAGGCAGGGGUUACCGUAG